UAACAGGGAUUUGAUUGUUAUGUUUGAUGCGCACAUCAAUGUUGAGGUAUGUAAUUCAAGAGGGGCAUUGGUUAAAUACUUAUUCAAAUACAUCAACAAGGGUAAAGAUCGAGUGUCUGCUAUAAUCGAAAAAGAUCCAAACUUGAAUAAAGAUACAGGGGAAGAGGAUGUAUUAAUUGAUGAAAUAAAAAAUUACUUGGAUUGUAGGUAUAUAUCUGGGGCAGAAGCAUGUUGGAGGAUUUUUGAUUUCGACAUUCAGUUCCGUAAUCCAUCAGUGGAGAGGUUACCAUACCAUUUGGAGGGUGAACACCAGGUCACUUGAUGAUAAAGAAUAAUAGUACAGAAUAAGAAACCAGACUAAAAGGUUGCGAACGAGAAUUCACUAAUUAAUUUGGGUCUAACAGGUCAUAAACAAGUUGUUCAUGGUAGUAUUUCGUGAUACAGACGAUGUAGAAGAUGUAUUGGAUAAUCCAAGCUCCAAUGUCACGGAAUUUAUAGAAUGGUUUGAAGCAAACAAGAAGUAUCCAGAAGCAAGGGAGUUGACUUAUGCAGAUUUUCCAACUGAAUUUGUAUGGGACAAACAAUGCAAAGAGUGGCGACCAAGAAAAAGAGGGAAUACAGUUGGUAGACUAUACAAUGCUCACCCGAGUUCAGGAGAAAGAUAUUUUCUAUAUUGAAUGUGCGCAAGGGGGCACGAAGUUAUUCUGAGUUGAAAACUGUUGAUGUAGCCACUUAUACAACUUUUAGAGACACAUGUGCAGCUCUUGGAUUGCUCUCAGACGACAAUGAAUGGCACAUUGGUCUGCAGGAAGCAUCAUUAUACAGCACAGGUGACUUACUUCGCCAGAUGUUUGUUAUAAUGUUGAUUUUUUGUGAAGUAACCUAUCCAAAAAAAUUAUGGGAAAAAAAUUGGAGUUCGUUGGCCGAAGGAAUUCAGCACCGGGAGAGAAAAAGAAUGAGCAACUUACAUUUGGAACUUACUGAAACCCAGAUAAAAAACCUUACCUUGGUUGACAUCGAAGAAUUAAUGAAGAGAAAUGGUAGAACUCUUGCUGAGUUCCCAUCCAUGCCCAUCCCAGAGAAGGAGAAAGAAUAUGCUUAUAAAAAUAAAUUAAUAGAUGAAGAGCUCGAUUACGAUAAGGAGAAACUCAGGACUCAGCAUAUUAGCCUAAAGAAAGGUCUUAACUCGGUACAAAGGGAAAUAUUUGAUGCUGUUAGCAAGUCUAUUGAAGAAGGUAACGGUGGUUUAUUCUUUGUUUACGGGAGCGGUGGCACUGGAAAAACUUAUCUUUGGAACACUAUAAUAACCGGUCUGCGUGCAAAAUCCAAGAUUGUUUUGGCAGUUGCAUCGUCUGGUAUAGCAUCAUUGUUGCUUCCCGGAGGAAGGACUGCACAUUCUCGGUUCAAAAUACCAAUAACUUUGGAAGAUAAUUCAACGUGCGAUGUUAGUCAUGGAACUCAGUUGGCAGGGUUGAUAUGUAAAGCUGAAAUAAUAAUUUGGGAUGAAGCACCGAUGAUUCAUAGACAUGCUUUUGAAGCUCUAGAGCGAACUGUAAGAGAUCUAAUGAACCCAAGCAAGGACAAGACAAAGGAAAAAUUGUUUGGAGGAAAAACUCUGCUGCUUGGAGGUGAUUUUAGACAGAUAUUACCAGUUAUCCGAGGUGGGAGUCGAGAAAAUAUUGUUGAUUCUUCUAUUAGUAGGUCAAAAUUAUGGAAGCACUUCCAUGUAUUUCAGUUGUCGGAGAACAUGAGAUUAUUGAAAGGAAAUUGUACUUCUGCUGAGAAACAAACGAUAUCUAAAUUCGGCAAGUGGAUUUUGGAUCUUGGGGAUGGAAAACUACCAGAAAAAGCAGUAGAGGGUGAGGACGAAGAUCCAACUUGGAUUAACAUACCCGAUGACCUAUUGAUCAAGGCUGACGAAAAUCCCAUCGAAACUAUAGUCGAUGUCGUUUAUUCAGAAUUGAUUGUUAGAUUUAAGGAUAAGAAUUACCUAAGGGAGAGAUGCAUCUUAGCACCAAAGAAUGAAACUGUAGACCAUAUAAAUGAUUAUGUGGUGUUUAUGCUUCCAGGUGAAGAACACAUUUUUCUAAGUUCGGAUUCAAUAAGUCCCCAGUCCUAUAAUUUUGAGAAUGCAGAGCUGUUAUACAAUCAAGAAUAUCUAAAUUCUCAAAAACUAUCAGGAGUACCUAAUCAUGUGAUUCGGUUAAAGCUUCAUGUGCCAAUAAUGCUUACAAGAAAUAUAAAUCCAAGUGCUGGGCUUUGUAACGGUAUAAGACUCAUUGUUACCAAAAUAUGCGCAAGAACAAUUCAGACUCUGAUUAUAACGGGAAGUGGUGCUGGUAGGAGUGCUUGCAUUCCAAGAAUAGUGAUACAACCAACGGAAACACACCUGCCUUUUAUAUUGAGAAGAGUGUAGUUUCAUAUCAAGGUAUGUUUUGCAAUGACGAUAAACAAGAGCCAAGGUCAGAGUAUCGACAACGUCGGAAUCUAUCUUCCAAACCCAAUUUUCAAUCAUGGACAGCUCUACGUCGCAGUCUCGAGGACAACAAGCCGAAAUGGAUUGAAGAUUUUAAUUGAUAAAUCAAAGGAUAUCGUGCCAGAAGGUUAUACACAGAAUGUGGUGUACAGAGAAAUAUUUAAAAAUUUGCAACAG